UGGAACUGGGCCAUUUCAUCAGCAGAACCACCGGCUAUAAGUGGUUUCCAGAUCACAUCCUCUAUCACUUUGAUUCCACUCUCUGCACACCGCUCAACAGCAGCCAGACGAAGCGCAGAAAAUCUUAAAAGAUGAAGACCGCCGUCUGCCUCCUGGUAUUUGGCGUACUCGGCCUUGCCACCUGCUCGUUUCAAUUCUCGGUCGACCUUGAAGACGAAUGGUCCAAGUACAAAGUCAGCUACGAGAGGAGCUAUGAAGCGACGGAAGAUGGCCUGCGGAAGAUCAUCUUCAUGAACAACUUGAAGACAAUCAUGCGUCACAACAUCGAGGCGGACAUGGGCGUCCAUACCUAUUGGAUGGGCGUCAACCAAUUCACUGAUUUGAGUCAUGAAGAAUUCAAAAAUCUUAUGUCUGGGUGUGUCCUGAAGCCGAACAACAUGACCAGUGGCUCCACCUACUUGCCUCCUGCCAAUUUGGAUGCACCCUCCACAGUUGACUGGAGGACCAAGGGAUACGUUACCCCAGUCAAGAAUCAGGCACAAUGCGGCUCUUGCUGGAGCUUUUCCAGCACAGGGGCAUUGGAGGGACAACACAAGAGGAAGACAGGCAAGCUAGUCAAUCUGUCCGAACAGCAACUGGUAGACUGCUCUACACGCUGGGGUAACAAUGGAUGUAAUGGAGGAAUGAUGCCCCUGGCCUUUAAGUACGUGAAGGACGUUGGAGGUCUAGAUACGGAGGCGUGCUACCCCUAUACAGCAAGGGAUGGUACAUGUCAUGCUAAGAGGUCAUGUAUUGGAGCAAAGUGCACGGGCGUCCAGCUCCUGCCCCCGGGUGAUGAGCGAGCUCUCAAAACCGCUGUAGCCAGCGUGGGUCCUGUCUCUGUCGCCAUCGAUGCCGCGCAGCCCAGCUUCCAGCAAUACAGUCACGGCGUGUAUAACGAGCCCAACUGCAGUCCCACCAAGCUAGAUCACGGUGUCCUUGUCGUCGGGUAUGGAACAGACCAAGGCAACGAUUACUGGCUCGUCAAGAAUAGCUGGGGGCCCAUGUGGGGCUUAGGUGGCUACAUCAAGAUGUCAAGAAACAAGGGCGACCAGUGUGGUAUCGCAAGUUCUGCCAGCUAUCCAUUAGUUUAGACGACAAGACGACUCGGGCCAUGCCACUAACGUCAAUGUGCCAAAUCAACGACUCUAACAAAUAUAAUUCAAUAAAAGAAAGCGACUUUAUUCAAAUAAUAAUGAUAAAAAAUGAUUCGUCUCGGUCCUGGUGAUUAGGAUGAUCGUGUUUUCAGAUUUGGCCUACUGCUAUAGAAUAAAAGGAUUCCCACGAUAUUAAAACAGACAUAUUAUUUAAGCAUACCGCCUCAUCACACUACCAGGAUGACCAAGUCUGCAAUGUAUCGAUCCAGUCAUACACUAUUCAUGUUAUCGUUUGUUAUCGAUAUGCGCUGCUGUAUCUCUCUAUAAUUGAUUGUACAAUUUUAUGAAUAAAUCAAAUGAUCUCGUGAUUUAUACUACACGCUUAAAAAAUAGGAGUGUCAUGUUGAAAUCUUUGUACAAAGACUUGCCUCCAUUUAUUAGGGAGGUGUUCAGUUGGAGCACAUCUAGCUCUCAGGAGUGGAUCAUCAAACUCGAACAAUAGUUGACAUCGACUCCAGGCCGUCAAGGUGGGUGCUGUGUCACAACUAAUGACGAAAGACAUGAAAUAUCUUACAGCCGAAAUCACAUACAGUGACAUUAUUCAGGGUGGAUGUGACAAUCAUUGGUCUCCGAAAGCCACUGCAUACACAGUGGCAACACUGAUGUUAUUGUAAUACAGCCGCAACACUAGGACACUACCCUGGUACAUUACCUCGCAAUCCCAGUCCGCUGUGGUGCAAGUCAGACUGAGUAAGUUGAUACGCUCCCAACUGCCGAAGACCAAAACCUCUGAACGGUAGGGGAAGUAAAAUACUCUUGUUAUAUUCCCUACGACACCAACAACGUGCAUGGCGGUCUGCUCUCUUUUUAUU